UUAUUAUGCUUUUCUUACUGUACUCGUUAUUUCUUAUUUACAUUCUUGAGAUCUUUGGAUGUGCAAUGUGAAAUUUAAAAUGUGCAAUGUGCAAUGACAGUGGAGAUAACUCGCGAAUUCAAAGUGAUGCUAUUUGUGGACAAACCGGGUGGAUUGAACGACAAAACGUAAGCUACGUAUUCCCAAUGGUUACAAAAGACAAAGUUGACAGGUGUCGAGAAUGGAUACUAUAAAUCCCACAUAAGUUUAACUGAUGUCAAAAAAAUACGGCAUAGAGUUUGAGGAAUGGAAGAUUUGUUUUGGUCUUGAUGUCCAACGUCGAGCUGGAAAAUCCGGAGAAUGCUCCGAGAGAUCGAGUGGAGAUACCAGAAAAUGAGUCCGUAAUACCGCGAUCCCGGUCACUGUUCUCUAGACUAGAAUAUGACGAAUCACAUCUAUCAACAACAGAUAUAUGUAGGAUUUGUCAUAUGGGCGGAUUCCCCGCGGUGACAGUGCAACGUCCAAUGUGGGAAUGGCCCAAGCAAACAUCACCAUCGACCGUAAGACAAGUUGAUAGCCAGAUAUCAACUUUGUCUUCCUACGCGUACCUGGGGCCUUUGAUAUCAGCCUGCAAAUGUCGCGGAACAGUCGGAUUAGUUCACACCGAAUGUCUCGAGCGCUGGUUAACUGAGUCAGGACACUCUUGUUGCGAACUAUGCGGCUACAAGUAUCUAACGAAACGUGUUCCACGUCAUGGAAUGUUGCAGAGUGUUUGGAUUUGGUUCAAUACUGUCAUCGCUACUCGACAGAUGAUCCUAGAUGUCUUGUACCUUAUCGUAACAACUCCGCUGGCACUUUUCUCAAUUUACAUCUGCGCAUUGGCGUUGAAGAUGAUUUUAAAUAGCGGUUUUUAUGAAGUGCCGUGGAUGAUCGUCGCAAUGCUACCUACAUGCUCGUUGACGUUAGUUGCGUACUGGAGCUGGAUAAUAACACUCGGCAGGUACAUUAGCAGACUUCAUGGAAGACGGUGGCGUAGAUUUUGGCGCACUAAUUUUGUGGUAAGACUGCUACCGAGUGAUCCAAGUUCUACGGACAAUGAUAAUGAGCAAGCGGUUGCUGAUGCUCGGAGACAAGAAGAGCAGAGAAUAAUUGAAGAGCAAGAAGAUCUUGAAGAUUUGCUUCAAUUGGCAUUUUGA